ACAGAACUGCAACAAUAUCCUUAACACGAUGCAGAACAAGAUAGUGUCCGCAACGUACACCGUCCUCUACCUGCUCUGUACGCUGGGGACUGGUGUACUGUACGGCCUCAUAGCCCGCGUGGCCAAAACUCACAGCGACCGGCGCCGCAGACGUCUCGAGCAGGCCAAAUCCUUCAUGGCCAUCAGGCUCGGGGGGACCAAUGGGUCAGUCAACGUCAAGACUGCUACAGGAACACGUCACACUGAGCAAGAGUACAUGACAAAGGGCGUGACCCUCCACUCUGCUAUCAACAGCGCCUGUGUCAGGGUGACGCCAACUACACAAGACAUUGAUAACGUGUCAGACGCACGUAACCUUUAUUCUAUUCGGGACACUUGCUCGGAGCAAGUAGUUGAGAGCGUGGUACAUUCCAAGGAAAAGGGGAGUAAAGACCAAGCUUCUUCUGGCAGCCCUUUGAGAGACACAGACGAAACAAAUGCUGAACCCAAUCUGAGAGAGAGUCCGAGCAAAUCUACUCUCGACUCUGCAAAAGCUGAUUCUUGCCAACCUACUCUGGAUAAUGGGUGCGUCAUUCUUCCUAGAGUUCCGAGUUCUUCCACUUGUGUGAAUUCCAGGGAAAACGGUCUGAUUGAAACCGACGAAGGUUCUUUGAACAGAGAAAAACAUGAAUCAGCUUUAUCCCCAGACACAGAUUUUCUUUCACUAAGACGGGACAUGAUCAGCUCUGACUCAGAAGCAAGUAAAAGAUUUCUACAAGGCAUAGGCGAUAAACCUAGAGAGCAGAAUACUUUUCUCGGUGACCGUGUUAAAUAUCCAAGAAAAAGCGGCUUCCCUUUGCCAAACAGCAAUGAAAAUGCAAACGGUAUAAAAGUUCACCAGAUGAGUACAGAUGCUACAACAGCCCCAUUGUGGUUACAUCACACCCGCAGUACAACUGUUGAUGGUGAGACUACCAUUGGUAACCAUAACGGCGCCAGUGUCGGUCAGCCAGGUUUUUAUGAACUAGGCAUAGAGUCAGCCAUUACACUUCAUGAUGAAAGAGCAGAGCGGUCAAAGGAUCUGGAUGAAAUCAAUAUUUUGUUUUCCAUAAACCGUUCUCCUUGUGGCAAUGGCAGUUCUACAGAGAAACUCGAUUAUUCAAGCAAAAUGUCUAUACUGUCAGAGGAAAUGUCCAAUGAAAUGAAGGUCACUAAUGAAAAUCUAACAAACAACGCGUCCAAAAAUGAGCACAGGGCGCCUUGUGGCUCAUCUAUUGGCAAAAAUCAUAUAUCAUUCUCAAUUGACUCUCAAAGUUACACUAAGACUCCGGCCACACACAGUAAUUUCCCCAGUGGGAAUGUCUUACGAACCGCUGAGACCGCCAGGACAGUGAGAGACCUAGAGGCCAGGACCACGGCACUGUCUGUGUCCAACCUACGCUGGCUCAAACAGAUGGCCGUGGUGUUCGGCCUGUUCCUCCUGUGUUGGACGCCCACAAUACUAGCUGUCCAGGUCAACAUGGUUUACCCACUGGACUCGACAACAAUCAGCCCCCUCCUUCUCUUCUGCUUCGCCAACUCCGGCGUGAAUUUUUUCGUGUAUUCUUUGUACAACAGACAGUUCCGGACCGCCAUUAAACGCCAGCUCACGUGUAGGUGCAAGGAUUAACUCACUGGUGACAGGCAUUCUGUUCAUUUGGCCUUUACUUGAAGAUAAAACGUAUGCUGUUUUAGGGUACAACUUUGUUGCGCAUAUAUAUUUUUUUAGAUUAUGUGUUUUCUUUUUCUGAAACUUUAAAAUGCAGGUAUCAACAUGCAUUCUAUAAAAUGUGUACCCGCACGCACGCACACACACAAACACACACAAACAUAC